UAAGAAGGAUAAACCAGUUCUUACAUAUAAUUGACUUCUCUCUCUUUCCACAUCUACCAAACAAAAAAUUUCCCCAUUUCCCGAUGGCACGAGUUCUCUCGAAUAAUUCCCAAAUCAAUACCCUAACACGAACCUUGACCCGACCCACAUUCACCCUACUACGACACCGUUCCAAUAGCUCCGGUGAUGAUGAACCACCACCUCACCCACAGCUAAUCGAGAUCGAUCUUGAUAACGGAUCGGACGGUGGUGGUGGUGGGAUGAGGAAAUUAGAGGAAGUGAUCCAUUCUGUUAUCGUGAGACGUUCCGCACCAGAUUGGUUACCUUUUAUGCCUGGUUACUCUUACUGGGUCCCACCGUAUGUGAAAGUAGGUGGUGGUGGGGUCGGGGGUAGUAUACAUAGUUAUAGUCAUGGUCAACGUGGUGUUGGUGGUGAUUUUGAUCCACAUAGGAUUGUUGAGGUUGUUGGAAAAAUGGCAUCUGUGAGGAAUCAGUUUGGUUCUUCGGUUUCGUCGUCUUCGUUGAUGUUGUCGGAGGAUGAAACGACGUCGGUUGCUCGUGUUCGUGGCUGGCCUUCGUCCUCGUUUUUUACUGGAGGAAGUGUACCAACAUUCCCUACCCCAGUGCAGGUGGUGGAAGUGGAGGUGAAGCUUGAGGACAACUCAGAUUAUGAUUCUAAAUCUGAGGAUGAAGGAUAAAUGACCUGUCUUCGUCUAGUGAGCUCCCGUAGCUUAGUAACCUUGUAAAUUCUUUGAAAACCUGGAAAACAUAAGAAGCUGUUUACCUAAGGAAAGACGAGCAAGCCUAGUUACACAGAUCGGAGCUCGGGGUUGACGCUCUUCCGCCUGCCCUCUUGUUCGAUGUAGUGGAUCAAUGCUCAGCCUACCUAGAAAAAUCUAUGUAUUUAUGGUGUUUGAACUGUAUGAUCUGGAAAAAUAAUCAGCCUGUUUAGUGCUGUUUGCUUUUGGUCUAAUGUGUGUUGCCAUGGCUUUAACCCGUUGUCCACUUGUCACCGAUAUUAUCAUCGUCUCAGCUGUUCUAUUGCUGGCUUGUCAUCUAUGACAGGCAAUAUCGCCGCCCUGGAAAAGAUAUUUAAUAGAUGUAAUCAUAAGUGCGUGUUGUAACGAGUUGAGUUCGUCAAAAGAAAGAGUGCUAUAUUUAGAGGCUUC